AGAGCGUUCUUCUCCCUCGCACGAAGGCCGGUGCGGAGGGAGGAAGCGCGAAAACCUCGCGCGGGUCCAGGAAACUGUGGAUCCUGGAAGCUUUCCAUCAUUCAACAGUUAGGAACAAGGACUAUCAAAACUUUUGGUCACCGCCUUCAGAUCCUAAACAUUUUGAAAUGGAUACUUCUCAUGAAAAAUUAGAAAGCAUGCCAGAAUUGGAUGCCAUGAAUGUUUGCGGUCUUUCUCAAGACUUAACUCAGUCAGAUUCUCCUUUCUGUAUGGAAACCAGCAGUACAACUUCAGACUUGCCUCAGAAUGAAAUGAAUGUAAAAAGGGAAAGUGAGUAUAAAUCCAUACUUUCUGAAGAUAUUUGUAAUACACUAGACAAUUUGUUAGGAGAUAUCAACACUGGAAAUUACAUACAGAAUGUACUAAUUCAGCCAAUUGACACCAGCAUUUCUUCCUUGAGACCAUUUGAACCUAUUUGCAAAUUUCACUGGAUAGAAGCAUUUAAUGAUGAAAUGACAACAUUUCAAAAUCUGACAGACGACUUAACUUACACAGAGAGGCCAGAAUUGCAGAGCUAUGUAUACAGCAAUGCAAAAGACACUGUUAUAAAACAAGAUUCAUUUAAAGAAAAUCCAAUGGAAACUAGCAUUUCUACAAAUAAAGACCAACUUGCUAGUGAGUGUGUCAGACAACUGACUACAAGCCAACCAUUCAUCCAUUGCAGUGGAGAGACACUGAAAUUCACGGAAAGGUCACUGGCUGAAAGUACUGCCAAGGAAUCUGCCCUCGACCCUAAGCAACCUGAAAGCUUCUUGUAUGAGACUGCAGUUUCUUCAAAAGAAGUACAGAACUCUGGGGAGAUUCCAGAGAUGCCAGUCAGUCACCAAAAGGAAAUCACAGCAGAUGGCACAGAGAGUCCAUGGAUUGCCUCAACUUGGUCUCCUGCAGGCACCUUCUGGAGUAGUGGGACAUCUCUGGAGAAUUGCAGGGCACCUGAAAUGGAGCAAAGUUUUGAGAGCUUACAACCUCUGGAAGAGGACAUGUGUUUAAAUGAAGUCUUAUGGAAAUUAAAAUGUACUAACAGAGAGCAGCAAACGCAGAUCCAAGACCUCCAGUAUAGUAACCUGCAUUUAAAAAAGAAAGUUAAAGAACUUCAGACGAAGAUUACCAAACAGCACGUGUUCCUUGACAUCAUAAAUAAGCUAAAGGAGAAUGCUGAAGAGUUAAUUGAAGACAAAUACAGAAUAAUCCUAGAGAAAAAUCACGCUAAUAAGACAUUGCAGAAUUUGCAAGAGAUUUUAGCUAACACCGAAGAACAUCUUCAGGAAUCUGGAAAAGAGAAGGAAACCUUACAGCUUGAACUUAAAAAGAUCAAGGCCAGUUAUAUUUGUUUACAGGAAAGGUACAUGACUGAAAUGCAACAAAAAAAUAAAUUCGUAAGUCAGUGCAUAGAGAUGGACAAAGUCUUAAGCAAGAAAGAAGAUGAGGUUAAGAGGCUGCAGCAUCUCAAAGGAAAAUUGGAAAAGGCCACCACUUCUGCUUUGGACUUGUUGAAAAGGAAAAAAGAGUUCCGAGAACAAGAGUUCUUGUCUUUGCAGGAGGAAUUCCGGAAACGUGAAACAGAAAACCUGGAAGAAAGACAGAAAUUGAAAUCUAAACUUGAUAAAUUGGUUGUUCAAGUUAAGAAUUUGCAGUUCACAUGUGAAAGUGAAGGAGCAAAGAAUACAGAACUUCAGCAGCAGAUCAAUACAGUAAAAAAUGAAAAUGCAGCACUUCAGCAGCAGAUUGCAAAGAGUAAAGAGCAAAAUUAUGUCCCUAAAUUUCAGAUAGCUCAGUUACAGGAGCAAUUAGAAGAAGUCAUGGAACCAGAUGCUACUAAGGGUACAAAGAUGAUACAUUCUAACCUGUUCCUGAGUCACUCACCUUGUGAGGAAGGGAGCCUGAAUUCCUUAGAUGUGACAAGAGCUUCCCAGCUGACCUCCAAAAUUCACAGUCUUCUGGCUCUGAUGGUAGGACUUCUUACAUGCCAGGACAUCACCAUUCCCGGUGCUGAGCAUUUCAGAGAGAGUGAAAAAGUUAGUGAUAUAUUGCUGCAAAACUUGAAGAGUUUCUACCUUAAAAAGAAAAAUCUAGAUGAAGAGCUACUGAAACAUAAAGACAAAAUCACAACCCUUAGAGAGUUAAUUGCUAAUGAAAAAGCAUUUCAAGAUCAUAUUAUUGAGGUAAGAGACUUUGAUUCGAAUGAAGCCAAGAAUGUCAGAGAUGUACCUAUCAUAUUGGCAGCCAAACUGGAUAAGUACCACAAUCUAAAUGAGGAGCUUGAUUUCUUGAUCACAAAAUUGGGAAAUCUUGUGGAGUCAAAAGAAGACCACUGCAACAGACUCAUUGAAGAAAAUGACAAGUAUCAAAGACAAUUAGGCAACUUAAUAAAUAAGGUUACGUCAUAUGAAGAAAUUAUCGAAUGUGCUGACCAAAGGCUCGAGCUUUCCCACUCCCAGAUUGCACAUUUAGAAGAGAGAAAUAAACAUUUGGAAGAUUUAAUUAGAAAGCCCAGAGAGAGAGCCAGAAAACUAAGACCAAGAAAAUUAGAAAGUCAUCCGAAGUCCAUGACCACGAUGCCAGAUAUUUUUAAAGGAAAUAAAAAUGAUAUAGAUUAA